GUGGCUCUCUGGCUAAGAAUCACAGCUCUACAUGCAUAUAACAAAGAAGCAAUUGCAUAGUAAAAAGGUAGCCAAAGGUUUUAAAACAUGAAGGUAAGACUCAAAAUCAAGACUUUUACAUAUUUUCAGUUUUAUUAUGUUGUUGCAUGUUUGUAUUUAAAUCCCUGUUUGACACAUUGCAAUGUUAAGUGGUUUGGCACCCUGACCAUGUUGGCGCUAACACAACUGAAGCUUUUUAGGUGUACUGGUUUUUGAACUUUUUAAAUGACAAGUCAUUCACAAUGUUGUUGCUGUUUUUUAUAUGCUGCCAUGAGAUUUGCAUCAAAAUUAGCCUAAAUUAUAUGAACUAUUGAAUUAUAUCUGCUCAUUGGCUUACAAAUGUUUUGCUCUCACUAUUUGCUGGUACUUUGCAUUCUUUUAUUUGAGUUAGGCCUAUUAUUUGGGUUAAAACAAAUCAACAUUUUUGAGAUAGUACACCAGAAUGCUUUAAAUUUGACACAUUUUAUACAAUUGCAUGUUGAAGUUUAUAGUGCAUCUCGGCUUUAGGAUAUAAGCUAACAGGGGGAAACAUAAAUGCCCUUCACCUCGAGCGCUGCCUUUACAAAUCAAUUACUAGAUUGGUGGAUGGAUGACUUACAGAGAGAGAUAAAUGACGUUAUCCGUAGGCUUUAAGAGAAAUAAAUCAGUGUCACGAGAAUGAGUGUGAUUGGGUUUGUACCUACCAUUUACAACCACUAGACUCUAUACUGAAAAUGCGACUCAUUGUUCUGAAAAGGUAUUGCAUUAUGUCCUAAAAAGUAUUCCAUAAAAUAUAAUCAAAUAUUUUAGGACGUAUCACACAUGACUUUUGUACAUUAAGUUUAUUAUACCAACACAACAAACUGAUUAAUUACUUUACAGUUCAUAAUAAAAAUUUUGAUAAUUUAUUCAGAACAAAUAUAUUUUAAAAAAGACUUGCAAAUGGAUAUCUAUACCUUGUGUUAUUUUUUUUUUUAAAACAAUGUAAACACUUAUUCUGCUGAAGUUUGUAUUUGUUUAAUAACUUAAGUUAGGAUAUAUAUCGAUGUGGGUCUGAAAACAUUGGCUGUUAUUUUGUCACGAAACAAAUUAGCUUUUUUUUUUAUUAAUAAUAAUUAAACGUUGGAAUAUCAGUCGUUUUUAAAAUGUAAGGAUUCUUAAAAACGAAUUUCGUCGCUGCUGUCCACAAAAUCUCCCACUGGUGACGUUUUCGGUCUCGCGAAUUCUCAUUGGAGGAGGACGAGACAAGACGUUCAGCAGUGACGUCACACGGGACAUAAGCGGUGAGAAAAUAGAAUUGUUUUAACAUCCUUGUUGUGCAUAGUCGUUUAAUAGGAGAUCGUCUCCUCUACCUUUCGCAGCGCUUAAAGGAUUUUAUCAUCAACAUGAUGCACCGCUUCUGUAAGUUAGUCGAGACGCGCCCACUUGUCUUGCUUCUCUUUUUGUGCGCACUGUUUGUGGACAUGGUGUUGUCUGUCACCCACUACUCGAUUCCUGAAGAGAUGGAGGAAGGUUCAGUGGUUGCUAAUUUGGCGUCCGAUUUGGGCUUAGACGUGAGGACGCUGAGCAAGAGGAAAAUGCGCAUCGAUGUGGUCGCAAAUAAAAAAUAUCUAGACAUCAACAAAGACACGGGAGAGCUCUUCAUUUUGGAGAGAAUUGACAGAGAAUUUUUGUGUAUCUCCAAAGCAACGACGUAUUGUAUUCUGAAAUUGGACGCAACGAUUGAAAAUCCCAUACGCAUGUUCAACAUUGAAGUGGAAAUCAUGGACAUUAAUGAUAACGCUCCUCAUUUUCGACGAGGCACCAUGCAUUUGGACAUAUCCGAGUCCAGCCCGGUUGGAGAGAGAUUCUCCCUGAAUAACGCAGUGGAUCCAGAUGUUGGAGACAACUCUGUGCAAAACUAUCGCCUGAGCUCCAGCCAACAUUUUAACAUCGAAAUUCAGACGGGGAGAGACGGCACCAAGUUUGCAGAUUUGAUUCUAACAAAGGUGUUGGACAGAGAGCUGCAGGCUGUUCAUCAGCUCAUCCUUACUGCUGUGGACGGAGGAGUUCCGGCCCGCACGGGCACGGCCAGUAUCAUUGUUCGAGUCCUGGAUGUCAAUGACAACGCCCCAUCUUUUGACAAAGACAAAUAUUUGGUAGAUGUGAUGGAGAACUCCCCUAUUGGUAGCCUGGUGAUUCAAUUAAAUGCCACUGAUUUAGAUGAAGGCUCUAAUUCUGACGUCUUUUAUUCGUAUAGUUUAUACACGUCAGAAAGAACACAAAAUGUGUUUAGUUUAAAUCAAGAAAAUGGUGAAAUCAGAGUGAAAGAGAUGAUUAAUUAUGAAGAUUUGAAAUCUUAUGAAAUGGAAGUCAUUGCUAGUGAUAAGGGGCUAAGCCCCUUGUCUGGGCAGUGUAAAGUGACUAUACAGGUGAUAGAUAUGAAUGACAACCAUCCAGAAAUUUCCAUCAAGUCCUUUCAAAGCCCAGUUAAAGAAAACAUAGCUGUUGACACAGUGAUAGCAGUGGUCAGCGUGAGUGAUAAGGACUCUGGAAAUAACGGUGUGGUGGACCUUCAUUUUCCACAAAAUAUGCCUUUCAAACUGAGGGAGUCUCCGGAUAACUAUUAUAAGUUAGUGGUUUCUGAGCCAUUGGACCGCGAGAAGGUUCCGGAAUACGAAAUCACCUUCACUGUCACCGACAGGGGCUCCCCUCCUUUAAGUGACAAUGAAACUAUGACUUUGCAGCUGCUGGAUGUCAAUGACAAUGUCCCACACUUCCCUCAGUCCUUUUACACCAUCCGUGUGAUGGAGAAUAAUGCUCCUGGCGCCUUGCUCAGUUCCCUCAGCGCGUUUGACCCUGACCUCCACGAGAACCAGUACCUGGUUUACUUCAUCCUGGAGAAGGAAAUCGCCAACACCUCCAUGUCCAUGCUGUUCUCCAUCAACCCGGAGAACGGCAACCUUUACGCUCUCAAGACUUUUGACUAUGAAAUGGAGAAGGAGUUCCUCUUCCACAUCGAGGCCCGAGACUCAGGCUCUCCCCCGCUCAGCAGUAAUGUGACGGUCCACAUCAUCAUCGUGGAUCAGAACGACAACGCCCCCGUGAUCGUCUCUCCGUGGCGCGCGCACGGCUCGGUGGUGGAGGAGAAGAUCCCUAGAUCCACUGACAAAGGCUCUCUGGUGGCCAAGGUGAUCGCCUUGGAUGUGGAUUCCGUGCACAACUCUCGCGUCACCUACCAGUUCCUGCAGGUGACGGACACCUCCUUGUUCAGUCUGGACCAGUACAACGGAGAGAUCCGCACCAUGAGGAUGUUCAGCUACAAGGAUUCGCGCCACCAGAGACUGGUUGUGGUCGCCAAGGACAACGGGGAGCCAGCUCUCUCUGCGACAGUCACCAUCAAGCUGUCCACGGUGGAGACGGCCGUCAAGGCCUACUCGGACAUGACCGAGGUGCCUAUGGAAUACGACAUUUUCUCCGACCUCAACCUGUAUCUGGUCAUCGGUCUGGGCUCGGUGUCCUUCCUGCUGCUCAUCACCAUCUUGGUCACCAUCGUGCUCAAGUGUCAGAAGGUCAAGCCCAGCAAAGCGGCUCCUCCCUGCAGGAACAGCGUGAUCAGCGAGAGGAACUCCACCAUCGCAGAUUCCACUCUGGUGUCCAACGAUGCAUACUGGUACAGUCUCUUCCUGGCCGAAACCAGGAAAGGAAAGCUGGUGGUCAGGCAGCCUAUGCCGAAAGGCUCCAGGUACAUUGUGUCCAGUAUUCCCAGGAGCACCGGCGUGUCUGAGACCAGCGACUCUGCUCCUUCCACCUUGCAGUACCCGAAAUGAGGGAAGGCCACUCCACAGCUUGGAGGCAUCUACAACCAGCAGCACUCAAUCCACAUGGAGGCCAGAACUGCCCCAUUUGCAAAUUAGAACCAGUCAUGAGCGGAGACCUCCAGAGGAAAAGAGAUAACCCGGAAUUGACAUCACUCUCAUUCUCGUCAUGCUCAGCCUGGUUCCUCAUACUUGACAUCCACUGAAUGCUGCGGUGAAGGACUCCCCAACCCUUCUUACAAUCUCCUCUAUUCUUUAAGCACAUGAAAAGCCAAUCUAAGCCUUUUUAAAACUUUUCAGUGUGCACGGCAUGACCGCAUGGCUUCAACCACACUUCAUCCCAAUAAUAUGUUAAUGUGUAAGAAACGUCAUUUGCCAAGAAACAGACUGGACCAUGAGAAGUCCAAAAAGCCAAAACAGAGGAACAAUGUGAGUGGACAAUUGGAUGUGGAAUCCCUAAAUGAGACUGUAUUGCCUCAUAGGACCAACCAUACAUAACGUGUACAGUAUUUUACAUUUUCAUCCACUUUGUCUUUCUGGUUUUCUGCAUUAUCAUCAAUGGAAAUGGCACAGUAUGUUAAAAAAGCAACAACAUGUGAUUUGCAAGAAUGAGAUCGGAAUUUUAUAACUAGUGACAUCUGGUUUUUGUAAAUGGCAUCAUGAGCAAAGCCCCCAGUUCUGAAUGAGCGUGCAGAAUGAUUUGGGUGACUUAACAAACUUACCGUCUCGAGAAUUUCAUGAAGGAAUAAUGAUUCGUUUGUAAUAUUUCAAACAUUGUGGUUUAAGAAAAAAAAAAAAAAAUGCGGCCAUUGCUACUUAGUUCAAACUGUCUUGAAAUGAUGGUCAACUAUAGAAAAAGAAGUAUAUUCAGCACAUGUACUGUACAUUCCAAUGGUAAAAAUUAGCCACUGCAACUGUAAUGUGGUGCCUAACUUUUGCUCCAAAAUGAUCUCAUGUAAACAAGUUGGGUUGUUAGGUCAACAACUGCGGAAAUGAGAGGCCUUUUGUCAGUGUUCACCCACUUUCAAUUUUUUUAUUGCAUGGAAUAACCAUCAUAGUUUUAGGUAGUGUACAACCCAUUUUCUGUAUCAACAAUAAUCAUCCUCUCAGAAUAAAACUGAGGAACAGGA